GGCAGCGCAGCCCGGGGGUCCGGCCGAGCCCCGUGGCUGCCGUGCGCAGCUCCUCGGCCCUGAAGCUACUCUCAACCCAAACCUUCCUCACCCGCACCUCCUUUGGACCACACUUUCGGUCUGGUUUGUGUUUUAGGUGGGAUGAGAAGCACCGAGGGUCAGCGGGGUGCGCAUCCCGUUCUUGCUGGCUGGUUUCAAAUACCCAGGACGGGCCCCAUCACGAAGUCCGGAAGAUGAAAGGGGGGCGAGGCCCUCACCUGCUCUCAGCUGCUCCCUUUCUUGCAGCGCUGGUGGCGAAGGCAGAGUGCACGGUCUCCACCGUCGAGACUGAGGCCUGAUCUGUGGGAAAGUGGAUCUGGUUUAACUGUCCCUUGGCACGGCCCGGAGACUCCACUCCGUAUGUAGUACUUUCCAUCAGUACUUACAGCAAGUACUGCUGUAGUCUCUGAUAAUAUUGUAUUUGUCAGAAGUAAUGGAAAUUAUGAUCGAUGCCAAACCCUCUCUGCUAUGGAACUUCUAACCACUGCAGAUCUGUUUUUCAGCUUGUUCACAGUGGCUUCCCCACCUGCAAAGGUAUUUCCCCUCCUUCCCCCGGCGACGGGCCGCACACCCUAUCGGAACCGAAUACCGGCUGCCAUGUGCCCGCAGCUCAGCGCGUCCCGACCAGCCUUCACCAUGAGAGUCCCGUCGAGCAGCGGCCGUUUGGUCUCUGCUCGCUGCCCCUUCCUGCGCUACAAAGCAUGCCCGAGAUGUGGAGGAGACAUUCAUGCAGAGGGUGUGCAGGAGAACGGCACUUCAGAAGGUAACAAGCCGCUGCCAGAUCCACGCUGCGGCAACAACCGUGUUCGAUGCCUCAUUGCGCAGUGCCCGUCGGUUUUGGGGAGAGACGGAGAAAUGAACGCGAGUAAACCUCUUGCUCUUGUUUCUCACUUGCGGAAGAACUCUGUUCCCCGCCGCCAGUCUCCUCCGCCUGGAGGUGUACUGCGGGCAUCCGGCCCAGGAGCCACGCCGGCCCCUUCCCAGACGCCUGGCUCGGCUCGCCGCUCAGUCACCGGCACGACGGAAAACAACAAAGGCAAAGGCUGCGGGGUUGGGAAGGCACGCACGGGGAGCCCCUCGGCCAAACUCUCGAGCAGCCCGGCUGCCGCAGUGCGGGUGGCACCGGGGCUGUGCAGGGCUGCGCAGCGGAGCGCAGCCUCCGCGGCCUCGGCGGUGCUCCACCGAGCCCGCGCGUGUGAGCGGGGAGGCACCGGGCAGCGUCUCCGCGGGGAUCACCGCAGGAAGCCCACGGAAGAUGCACAGCGGACGAAGAUGUGCCCUCAGUGCAGCAGUGAGAGACACAGGGGCAUCCACUGCGCUCCGCGUCACGGAGAGACUUAUCGGCUAGGCACCGCAAUGCCCAAGGUGUAGAAAAACAUUUGGACUGGACCGAGCGAAGUGCGGAUUUUUUUGUUGUUUUUAUUUUCUUUUUUGUUUGUUUGGGUUUUUUUAAGCGCGGUGUGUAGUCAAUUUCAGAAUUUCUACCGCUGAGCUCAAUUCAGAAGGAAAUUUGUAGUUGUGGGGGUUUUAUUUUUCUAAUCAAAAUAAUUGAGCUUGCCCUUCCUCUAAGCCACAGGAGACCUGUUGAAUUGAUUCUGUUUCCCUUCUGCUGGUGCAGUAAAACGGCAUGCAGAAAUCUGCGGGCCCCCGUAUUUAGAUGAUUAUGCAAUUUAUGUUAGAAGCAAAAGGAUAAUUAGAUAAUUCAGCUGUUGCAUUAAUUCGUUUCUUAAGGCUGGGAAAGCCUUAUCUCUAAGGUUAAUCCGAAGGUAUUUCUGUCCCCUUCGUGAAAUAGGAAACCAUGUGAGAGCAUCGAAACACGUCUGAACGUUCAGGAGCAUGUUUCUCGCACCCGAUGAUAUCACCAUCCAGUGCCCGCACUGCGGUCAUCUCUCCUGCUAAAGCCCAGGCUUUGGCAAGUCCUUUAAAAUCCCGUGAAUGUCUCUUCAUACCGCAGUGGUCGUUGGACUGCUUCUUUAGUUUCAUUGCAGGGGAGUACAUGCACACCUAAAUA